AUGGCAUCGCCAAGGAAGCCUAAGGAGGUCCAGAAGUUGACAGGCUGUGUGGCCGCACUUAAUAGGUUUAUCUCCAAAUCCACAGACAAGUGCAUACCGUUCUUUGAUACCCUGAGGGAAAGCAAGCCGUUUCUAUGGACGGAAGAGUGCGAACAGGCGUUCCAACAACUGAAGGAACACAUUGGGAAACCCCCUGUGCUGUCCAAACCUGUGACCGGGGAGGUGCUAAGCCUUUAUCUGGCGGUCUCGGAGCACGCCGUUAGUUCAGUGUUAAUUUGCAGAGAGAAGAAGGUGCAGCUGCCGGUGUAUUACACUAGCAAGCGCCUCCUCGACGCGGAGACAAGGUAUCCCCAGAUGGAAGAGCUCGCCCUCGCGCUAGUUGUGACAGCGAGGAAGUUACGGCACUACUUCCAGGCCCAUAGCAUUCAGGUCUUGACCAAUCACCCCCUCAGGCAGGUGCUACAAAAGCCCGACGCCUCUGGUCGACUCCUUAAAUGGUCAAUAGAGCUCAGCCAGUUCGACAUCGACUAUAAACCACGAACCGCUAUCAAGGGCCAAGCCCUGGCCGACUUCGUGGCAGAGUUCACAGGGCUACCAGCCGAGGUCGAGGGAGCCGACGAACCACCACGAUGGAAGCUCUACGUCGACGGCAGCUCCAACGACAACGGCAGUGGGGCAGGACUGGUGUUACACACACCGGAAGGAUACAAGGUCACCUCAGCCGUCAGGUUUGAAUUCUCUGCGUCCAAUAACGAAGCAGAGUACGAGGCACUACUUGCCGGACUUCGGUUGGCGGAACACUUAAAAGUGGAGAAACUCGAUAUCUUCAGUGAUUCACAGCUCAUUGUGAAUCAAGUGCCAAGGGCAGAGAAUAGCAACGCCGACGCCCUCGCCAAGUUGGCGACGUCGAGAGAUGCGUUGCUCCUGAACCUGGUACCCGUAGAGGUCUUGAAGACCCCGACCACAGAAAAGUGGUCUGAGGUCACACCCGUGGAUUUCCAGCCCAGCUGGAUGGACCCGAUCAUCAGGUACUCGGUCGAUGGCGAGCUUCCUGAGGACAGGCAGUAUGCCAAAAAGAUGAAGUAUCAAGCGGCAAGAUACAAAAUGCACGACAACCUCCUCUAUCGCAGGGGGUACUCAACGCCCUUGCUCAGGUGCCUCGGCGCAGAGGAGGCAAAUAGGGGAUAUUACUGGCCAAGUCUCAAGAAAGAUGCGGCCGAGUACGCGAAAAGGUGCGAGAGCUGCGAGAGGUACGCUCCCACCCCUCGACUGCACUCAGCGGACCUAACAUCCAUACUAUCUCCCUGGCCCUUCGCUAAAUGGGGGAUUGACCUUAUUGGCCCCCUGCACAAAACCCCAGGGGGGUACAAGUUCGCUAUUGUCGCCGUCGACUACUUCACGAAGUGGGUCAAAGCCGAGCCUUUGACGACCAUCUCGGAGGCGAAAUGCACAAACUUCAUAUGGAACAACAUUGUGUGCAGGUUCGGUGUGCCGCACUCUCUCGUGUCCGACAACGGGAAGCAGUUCAACAACGACAACACCAGCCAGUUUUGUGAGUUGCUGGGGAUACACAAGAACUUUUCCUCUGUCGUGUACCCCCAGUCCAACGGGCAGGUUGAGGCGGUCAACAAGAUAAUUAAAAUCACUCUCAAGCGCCGCCUCGACGCCUACAAAGGGAAAUGGGCCGACGAGUUGCCAAAAGUGCUGUGGGCCUACCGAACAACGAGCAGGACUACUACGGGGGAAACCCCAUUCUCAAUGGCCUAUGGGUUCGAAGCAGUCCUGCCAGUCGAGGUGUCCAUUCCGACCAACCGGGUGACCCGGUACGAGGAGGAUAGGAACGCCGAACUGAUGAACUUGGAGCUCGACCUCUUGGAAGAAUGGCGAACAGACGCACAGCUACGGCUUGCCGCCUACCAAGCCAGAACCGCCAGGUAUUAUAAUAAGAAGGUCAAGCCAAAGCACUUCGGGGUCGGGGACCUAGUUUUACGGGUGGUAACACCCAACACAAAACCCAAGAACUUCGGAGCCUUGGGACCGACCUGGGAAGGACCCUACAGAAUAAAAGAGGUUGUUGCUAAUGGGUCGUAUCGACUGGCAGAGCUCGACGGUCAAAGCAUCAAGCACACUUGGAAUGCGGACUAG